GUCUUCUCAGUGUUGUCCCUUUGCUUUUCUUGGGCAGCGGAGCGACAGGUAUGGCGGAGGUAAUGGAUCUGGGUAAAGAUCCCAAUGGGCCCACCCACUCCUCCACUCUGUUUGUGAGAGAAGACGGCAGCGCCAUGUCGUUUUACGUGCGGCCCAGCUCGGCCAAGCGCCGGCUGUCAACGCUCAUCCUGCACGGCGGCGGCAUCUUGUGUCGGGUGCAGAAGCCCGGGGCGGUGCUGCUAGCCCAGCCCGGGGAGGCGCUGGCCGAGGCUUCGGGCGACUUCAUCUCCACGCAGUACAUCCUAGACUGCGUGGAGCGCAACGAGAAGCUGGAACUGGAGGCCUAUCGGCUGGGCCUGACGGAGCAGGCGUCCGACCCUAAGCCCGGGGCUUCUGCGGAGGGCUCCACGGAACCCGAGCCUCAGCCCCUGACCGGGCGCAUUGCCUACACUGACGCAGACGAUGUGGCCAUCCUAACCUACGUAAAGGAAAAUGCCCGUUCGCCCAGCUCAGUCACAGGCAAUGCCUUGUGGAAAGCGAUGGAGAAGAGCUCGCUCACGCAGCACUCCUGGCAGUCGCUCAAGGACCGCUACCUCAAGCACCUGCAGGGCCAGGAGCACAAGUACCUGCUCGGGAACGCUCCGGUCAGCCCGUCCUCCCAGAAGCUCAAACGGAAGGCGGAGCAGGACCCGGAGGCUGCGGAUAGCGGGGAGCCACAGAACAAGAGGACGCCAGACUUGCCUGAAGAGGAGUGUGUGAAGGGGGAGACCAAGGAGAAUGGAGAGGCAGACAACAAGCUAUUUGAGGAAGCUACUCCGGAGUUGGGGGAAGCCGUGGUGGAUGAGAGCCCUGACUUUGAAAUACACAUAACCAUGUGUGAUGGUGAUCCACCCACACCUGAGGAAGAUUCAGAAACACAGCCAGACGAGGAGGAAGAGGAACCAAAAGUUUCUACACAAGAAGUGGGAACUGCCAUUAAGAUCAUCCGGCAGCUAAUGGAAAAGUUUAACUUGGAUCUCUCAACAGUUACACAGGCCUUGCUGAAAAACAGUGGUGAACUGGAGGCCACUUCCUCUUUCUUAGAGUCUGGACGGAGACCUGAUGGUUUCCCAAUUUGGUGCCGACAAGAUGACUUAGAUUUGCAAAAGGACGAUGAUGACACUAGAAAUGCACUGGUCAAAAAAUAUGGAGCUCAGAAUGUUGCUCGGAGGAUCGAAUUUCGAAAGAAAUAAGGACAAGAUAACCAAGACAGGUGACCAUGUAAGCAUCUUGUGACCAUUGAAGCUGACGGGUGCUGCCGCUCUGUGAACCCCAGGUUUUGUAGCCAAGCAGUAUAAUGUAGCAGGAUAAAACAAAAGAAACUGGAUUAGAGCUGUCGGUGGCCAGUAUCCCAUGUUUAUGAUAGGCAAAUCUAAGCCAGAGAGGUUGGUCUGUGUAGUAGUGAGCCUUGGUUGGAAUGUGGCUCCCAUUGUACAGGAGACAGCAGCCAAGUGACAAAGUCAAGAUUAGAAAUGAAAGGAAACUUGAUUGGUGAGUGAAUAACCUUCUGUCUUCUGGCAGAAAUUGCUUUAGGUGGAGGGUCCCAAACCAAAAGUCUAGAAGUAAGAUUUAAUUGUAGAGCUUAUACAUGGACUGUCCCAAACUAUCCCAUUCCCCAGGGAGCUCUGGGCUCUGUUUCGAUGGUGUUGAAUUAUCCCACAGGCAUCUUGCUAACAGUCUUUGAAAUCUCCUCUCCUUCCGUGGCUCUUGCUGUUUGAGUUUUGAAUCAAGUCUCUAUAGCAUGUAUUUGGUUACUUACCAUCCACUCUGUGUACACGAAGCCCUAGGCCUGGGGGAGCUUCCACCCUUUCCAACAUAAAAGAUGUCAUAUACAGACUUCACAGUCAGGAAUCAAAGAGAAAAUCAAGUUAUAGACACACGCACAGAUCUUAAAGCUCUGUGCUGUAAGUUUGUGAUUCUGUGUUUCACCCUUGUCGCUAUCCUCAGACAAGGUAGGUUGGAGACUCUUAAUUGUGAUAUGUUUGUAAAUUUUAUGGAACGUAAGUUUUCUGCUGAAAAUUAUGUAGACUUAAAAUUUAGUUGAUUGGUCCACUUUGUUGUGUUGUUUUUGUCAUUGAAAAUAAAUAUAAUUUUGUGUUUGA